AUGGCAGAGCUGCCAGUGUCGGAGACGCCCAGGGACCCUGCUCUGUGCAGUGGGCGCUUCACCAUCAGCACGUUGCUGGGGGGCGAUGAGCACCCCCCACCGGCCGCCUAUGACAGCAGCCACCCCAGCCACCUGACCCACGGCAGCACCUUCUACAUGCGCACCUUUGGCUACAACACUAUCGAUGUGGUGCCUGCCUACGAGCACUAUGCAAACAGCACCCUGCCCGGCGAGCCCCGAAGGGUCCGGCCCACGCUGGCCGACCUGCACUCCUUCCUCAAGCAGGAAGGCAGCCACCUGCAUGCCCUGGCCUUUGACAGCCGGCCCAGCCAUGAGAUGACCGAUGGGCUGGUGGAGGAUGAGGCAGGUACCAACGACGAGAAGAACCCUGAGGAGCCUGUGCGCUUUGGCUGGGUCAAGGGGGUGAUGAUCCGUUGCAUGCUCAAUAUAUGGGGUGUGAUCCUCUAUCUGCGGCUCCCCUGGAUUACCGCCCAGGCAGGCAUUGUCCUGACCUGGAUCAUCAUCCUGCUCUCGGUCACGGUGACCUCCAUCACGGGCCUCUCCAUCUCGGCCAUCUCCACCAACGGCAAGGUCAAGUCAGGUGGCACCUACUUCCUCAUCUCCCGGAGUCUUGGCCCAGAGCUAGGGGGCUCCAUCGGCCUCAUCUUUGCCUUCGCCAACGCUGUGGGUGUGGCCAUGCACACUGUGGGCUUCGCAGAGACCGUGCAGGACUUGCUCCAGGAGUACGGCUCACCCAUCGUGGACCCCACCAACGACAUCCGCAUCAUUGGCGUGGUCACCGUCACUGUGCUGCUGGCCAUCUCCCUGGCUGGCAUGGAGUGGGAGUCCAAGGCCCAGGUGCUCUUCUUCCUCAUCAUCAUGGUCUCUUUUGCCAACUACCUGGUGGGGACACUGAUUCCCCCUUCUGAGGACAAGGCCUCCAAAGGCUUCUUCAGCUACCGGGCGGACAUUUUUGCCCAGAACUUGGUGCCUGACUGGCGGGGCGUGGACGGCAGCUUCUUCGGGAUGUUUUCCAUCUUCUUCCCCUCGGCCACGGGCAUCCUGGCGGGAGCCAACAUCUCCGGGGACCUCAAGGCCCAGGUGCUCUUCUUCCUCAUCAUCAUGGUCUCUUUUGCCAACUACCUGGUGGGGACACUGAUUCCCCCUUCUGAGGACAAGGCCUCCAAAGGCUUCUUCAGCUACCGGGCGGACAUUUUUGCCCAGAACUUGGUGCCUGACUGGCGGGGCGUGGACGGCAGCUUCUUCGGGAUGUUUUCCAUCUUCUUCCCCUCGGCCACGGGCAUCCUGGCGGGAGCCAACAUCUCCGGGGACCUCAAGACGGGAUCGGGCACAUCCUCCCAGGGCUCUCCAUCGUCUCGAUGCGGGCAGGCUCCUUGGCUCGGCGUGUGA